GAAAACUGAAAAUAAUAAUAGAAAAAAUAUCUUAUUUAAGUGCCAAGCAUUAUGACUCGUGCGUAUAAAUAAUUAUUUAAUGAAACAAUGGAAUUAGCGGUGAAACCAAAACAGCAUGAAACACUAUUUUGGAAAAUGUGAAACUUCUGAAAUGUAGGUAGAUCAUAUACGUACUUCAUUGCAAAUUCCAUAGAGGUCCAUAAUGAUCAUAUAGUAAACAUAAUGCAACAUGUAUGACAGAAUGACAUUUAUCAAUUUUCAUUUUAUGUAACAGUCUGUGUAUUCUUGUUUCCUUCUGAUAUAUUUCCUUUUACAAUGGAUAAAAUUCACAAGUAACAUUAAAAAUAAGGCCAUUGCCUUAUAAAAUUAAAAGGUUCAAGUUUCAUUAAGGUGAAACUUAAUGCCCUAAAAAUGGCUCUAGUUUUGAGAAAGGCAUUACUACCGAAAAAUGUGUCUCUGUUGAAAUGCAUCAGGGGCCGUCCUCUUACCACCACGCCUAAGAAUAAUCCAGCGCCAUUAUCAAAGGCAGCGCUAAUCACGAGUCCGAAGGAUGAGAAAGUGUUACCACUUGGUCGCAGCCGGUUCAGUAGAACGAAGCAUCUGUUCGAGUCGCAGAACCGGCGUGGAUGCAGCGCGGCCCGCUCUCAAGACGUCAGAUUCUGCGCGUCGUGCCCCAACCUCGUGCCAGAGUCCCGCGCGAAGCCAUACGUUCCUGUUAGACACUUCAGUCCUCCCAGAUUUAGGUUCAUUUUUAGGGACCCUAGCUACAAGAAGUCUUCGCCUGUUUUGUUAUGUAUUAGCUCGCAUUUACCCGAUUUGACAUCAAAACGGCCAUAUUCCAAAUGCCCUCCGCCGUGCGGACCUUGCCCAGGGCCCUGCGGUUGUGCUUGUCUCCCACCUCCCUGCAAUGUACCUCCGCGCUGUCUCCAAUUUAUGACUGGGUACUAUUAUUAUCCCUAUGGUACUUGGUUCUGCGGCCCUUACCACGUGACAAAACCUGCUUGCUGUCCAGUCGGGCCUUGUGGCUGCGGACCCUGUGGACCACCGUGCGGCCCUUGCGGUCCCUGUGGCCCUUGUUGUAUUUGCCCUGGUGGCAGUGCCGCGCCAGCUCUCGCUUCCACCGCUUCUGCCAUGAUUGGCGCAGCUCCAAAAGAACAUAAGCCAGACAUUUUCCCUGGAGAACAUAUCAGCUUUCCUCCGACCAAAGAUUUUGAAGAAACCAGGCAACAGAAUAAAAAUCCUCCAAAACAAUCUAGUCAACAUCAAAAGCCAAAAAGUCCAUUUGAUACUAGUCAAAAUCAAAAGUCAAAAAAUCCGUUUAAUCAAAAUCAAAAGUCAAAAAAUCCAUUUAAUAUGCUUUCUUCGAUCAAUGUUGAUAAACCAAUCUCUCCAUCAGGGCUCAAAAAGGUGACUCCAAUGGUAAGCACCCAGAAAUUCAAAAAUAUAACUUCACCACGUGUAGUCCCGCCAGUUAUGUCAUCGACGUUUGUGACUAUAACGGGUAACCGUUUUAGUAGAUCUGGUUGCCACUGGAGUAGCAGAUACAUGAGCUCUGAUGUUGAGCCUACUGAUCCUACAUUACCUACAACUUGCACUAAAAAGCCUUGUAAGUCUACAACCCCCAGUUUUCAAACGUACGUUACACAGGUUCCCUUAAGCCACUUAAACUCGGCAUCGACUCCAAUUUCAGCACAAACGUUCACGAAGGCUAAACACCCCUAUAAACUUACCCCUGAAUACGCACGUAGCAGGGGUUAUUGUCCUAUUGACCGUAAACUAGAACCGUAUUCUUCUCCCAUACUUCCUUACGAGACACCCAAAACUCGUUCACCUCUUACUCCACCAGAAGUAGAAUAUUAUUCGACAUUUAAACAUUAUAGCCGUCCAAAUACCUCUACUGACUGGGUUUUUAAGAAAGCGAACGCUGAUAAACUUUGCCCUAAGUUUAAAUGAUAUCCUACACUCUUUGGAUACCGGUUAAGAUAUAAUUCCUAUAUUAGAUAUUCUGCGAUAAAUUAUAUGUAACAUCAA